AUGGAAAAAAUAGAAAUUACUCAAGAAAAAGAAAAAAUAAACUUUGAAGAAAUCAUUCUUGAUGUUGGUGGAACUAAGUACAAAACCAAACGAUCAACUCUUAUUGAAUAUCCCAAUACGUUACUUGGAAAAAUGUUCCUAAACCCUUCAAAUUAUAACAAAGAAUACUUUCUCGAUCGUAAUGAAAGAGCAUUUCAUUAUAUUAUGGAAUUCUAUCGUACUGGUAAACCUUUAUGGCCAGAUGGACAUGAUGGCGUGACUUGUGAAGAAGUUGAAAGAGAAUUCGAAUAUUUUCAAAUUCCCUUAGAAAAAGAUUACGCUAAUACACUAGCAUUUAAAGCAGCGGCUAAUACUUUUGAUCAAAUUGUUUCCGCAUUUGAGAAAGUGAUAAUAUCGAUGUAUCAAGACUUUGACAAUAUGAUUUAUCUGAAUUUUUUCGAAAAUGGGACUUCGGAUUAUAAAGGAUUUCAAAGAAUAUUUUCAUCUCUUGGAGGAAAAGAAUAUAUCUUAUUGACGAUUAUGGGUGCACAGAUAAAGAGAAAAUUAGAAAAUACUUUUUCGGAAUCAAAAUUGAAAUGGGAAUAUAAAAAGGUGGAAAGCUUUCUUUUGGAUACUUUCCAAGUUAAGAUUUCAUAUGAUAUAAACCCUGUGUUGAUUAUGAAAUAUUCUAAAUUUCAGUAA